GGUUGGGCACAUGCUUGAUCCGUAUGGCAUUUAGAGCAACUCCAGUAAAUAAUGGUAAAUACGUGGUAAAUAUGGAUGCACGUGAUGCACGAGAAGCGGGGUGAGAAUUUAAAAGAAAUUUUUGAUCAGUGUGGGCUGUGACGUUUCUAAACGUCAUUGGCAUGAACUGUCACUUAAUUUGUUUCGGUCUGCGUUUUUGAAAAAGAUCCGGAUGGGGCAAAAAGUAAUCCGAAAUUUAGCAAGGACUGGAGCCGGGAGCUGAGAAAUUCGGUGCUGUGUGCAAACGAACCCCCCAAGCAAGACUAAAGGCUAUACAUUUUUUUUCCUUCGAAAAAUGGAAUAGAAAGCCACGCAUUCCGCCGCAAACUUUUAACUUUGACACUUGCUCAAGUGAAGUAUUUAAUCAAGAAUGACCGAGAUCUUGACCGAGAUGCAGCCUUGCGGCCAGUUGGUUGGCCAUUCCUGCUGUCUCACUCAGAUCGCGAACGACUCCAAGUACACGGACAUUGUCCUGUCCUUUUCGAACGACAUGACCCAGAUCUUGUGGAAGCUAACCCGGGACGACGCCAACUACGACAUCCCGCAGAAGCGUCUGACUUUAGACGGCAACAACGCCAUGUCCGAUUCCUGGGACAAGACCUUCCGGCUGUGGGGGUUGGCCGCUGUCGGGUCGACCGCAGCUCCGGAAAAAAAGCUAAGGAGGCAAGGUUGUCAUAUUUAUUUGUAGGUUGUUCAUAUUUAACAAUACAAAAAAUAAAGCUUAAACCACAAAAACUAAUAAAAUCCAAGGCGACUUCAAUGUUCGUCUCUCGUCGAAAUCCAAGAUAAGGAGUGAGGAGACCAAAUAAGGUCAAAUAAGUUUAAAACAUGCAUAUGCAACAGCUAGAUGCGUCUGCAGCGUAGACGCGUGCAGGAAGUAAUCGCCGGCGCCUUUUCCUUGGCCAGUUCGAACGCGUCCCGGACGAGCUUGGCACCGUCUCCGGUGGACAUCUGCACCAGCUGUGGCCCGGCCAGCUUCAGGAAGGUCGACUUUGUUUACGUCACACACGUACGAGUCAACAGCGUGCAGCACUCCCUUCGGCGGAUGAAUUCCCAGGUUCUUGAACUUGUCCUUGCGCGGCAUCGACAGCACGACGGUCCAGCCUGCCAAUGUCCGAGUACUGCUCGGUGGGCCGUUCGCCCACCUCCAUCGACUUGACGCGCGCGUCGUACUCGGCCGGAAGUGUCUCCAGGAUGAGGUACGAGUCCAGUUCACGCCCACCAAAUCGCCCGGCUUGAGCUUCUCUGGAUCAACCAAUCCAAUUACGGGAAAAAAGUACGUCAGCCGUGUCGAUGUCUUAAUGACGGUGCGUUUGCCAUUCCGCUAUGAAUCCAGCACCACCACCACCCCGUCGUCCUCCGUCUCCUGCGGGUCCACGUACAGCAGCUCGAUCGACUUGUCCUCCAGGGUUGCCGCCAUCUCGCUUGCUGGUGCCUUACUGAGUCCGGAACACGCACUAAAUUCAACACAAAACAAUGGAAAAAUCGGAUUUACUACGACGAACUUGACGACGAAGCUGCUGCCUCUGGAAAUUGCCAGAUGAUAACAGAACGCCAGCGAAUCUCCCGGCCGGGA